AAUAUUUCUUCCAUGGAAAUGUCGAGCAUGCAAAUGGGCAAAGAGGUAUAAGGAAUUAGACAAAGAAAAUAUAAAAAGAGAUCGCAACGCAGGUCCCACGCGUUUCAUUGUAAACAGAAAAAGGUGGCAAAGAUUUGAUAUUGGCUAGCAUUCUCCGGUCUGGCAACAGCGAUCCCUCUGUCUAUUUCAGCCUUGCCAGCCCACUAUCCUUUCAGUUCUUCUCCACUAGCUAGUUAGCUAGCACAUCCUCAGUAUAACUACUUGCUACUGUGAUAGUAACACUCAGUUUCAACAACACUGCUGCUGUUAAUGCUGUCUUAAGAGCAUUUUGAAUCUUGACGACGCAGCUUAGAUCGACAACCUCCAUGAUUGAAUAUGUCAGUGUUUAGCAGGGAUUAAAUUACACAAGGUGCGGAUGCAACCAGAGUCUAAGACAGCAUAUAAAUAAUAAAAAUGAACAGCUUAGACGGGAUCACAAUGACGGGGUGGAAGAAUCUAAAGCAACGGCUGUCAUUCAAGGGCCUUGGUGGUUGCUGCGGGAGCACAAGCUGGAGUUCCAGAAGUGAAACUCCAACCAUGCCCUUCAUCGAUAUGGAGGAGGAAGAAGAAGAGAGUGCCAUUAUGCAGAACCAAGCACAAGGAGGAGGGUUUGCUGCAGCCCCAGGUGCAGGGAUGAAUCUGGCAAUGGCAUUAGCUGCUGAGCGCAAUUCACGGGCUUCAAACGUCAAGACAUUGAUGAGAUUGAUUGAAGAAACGGACGGUGUUGAUUGGAGGACGAAGAACAAGACUAGUAAAAGUAGGAGGGACAAAGAACAGGAACAGGGACCAGAGAAUGAUUGGGUGUGCUGCGUGUGCAUGGAGAGAAAGAAAGGCGCGGCUUUUAUUCCAUGUGGACACGCCUUUUGUAGGGUUUGUUCAAGAGAAAUGUGGGUCAAUCGAGGGUCUUGCCCCAUCUGCAACCGUUCAAUUCUCGACAUCCUUGAUAUCUUUUAGUGUUAAUGAUCAGAGAAGACUCUUUCAGGGCUUGAUUUCAGGUUUGAGUCUUAUCAUUAAUCAAUCCCAUAUUAAUGUUUAAUUAAUCUUAAUUAAUUAAAUAAGAGUUCUAAACUUCGACUCAAUGUAGAUGUAGCAAUAGCAUCUUUCCUAAGAUUUUGGAUAUUCUAAAAGACAUAUUGCUCUCUUAUGCAUCUCACGAUGUUGUUUGUUUAUUAGAAAUUAUUUUUUUUAAAA